AUGGGUCUCGCGUGGCUGCGUGGGGUGAGUGAAAUCUUCAACAAUCUCAUAUUCACUUUUCGACUAUACCGCGAACACAGGUUUUUGAGAAAGAGGAGAGAGAUGGCAGGGAAGGAGCAAGACAACCGUAUAUUUGUAGGAGGUUUAUCGCGGGACAUCACUGAGCGUCAGCUGAUGAUGGAAAUCAGUUCAGAUUCUUCUACUCAUAUUAUGCUGGAAAGAGAUUCUGGCCGCCCCCGUGGAUUUGGAUUUGUGACCUUCGCAGACCGACGUGCAGUGGAAGAUGCGAUAGGGGAUAUGCAUGGUAGGGAGUUUGGCGAUCGAGUCAUCUCUGUGAACAAGGCCCAGCCUAAAUCAGGGGAUGAAGAUCCGGAACAUGGCUAUGGAGGUUAUUCAGGUGGCAGGGGCGGCAGGGGAAGGGGAAGCUACAGUGGAGACCGUUCAUCGGGGCUGGAUGAUUGCUUCAAAUGUGGUCGACCAGGUCACUGGGCCCGAGAUUGUCCUUCAGCAAGUGGUGGCCGAGGUGCUCGUCCAUUCUUGCCUCCGCGUUCUGGGUAUGGUGGGGCUGGUAGUCGUGGGGAUCGCUAUGCAGUUGAUCGUGACAGAUACAUAGACGAUAGAUAUGACAGAGGUCGUUAUGGUGAUAGCGAUAGGUAUGAAGAUCGAUAUGGGAGCCGUGAUCGGUAUGUUAAAGACAGUUAUCCUCCUGCUGGAGAUAGAUAUGCAUUUGAUCGGUACGCAAACUCUGAUCGUUAUCCCAAUGGAAAUGGCAAAGAUAGAGGCUACGAUAGAGAUGGAGGCGGGGGGCCUGCUCGUUAUGAAGGAAGAAAUUAUAGGGACAGAGCAGGUCCUUAUGACCGCCCAAGGCGAGGACGACCUUCUUCCUUUGACCGGUACUAG